AUGUCUUGUAGAAAUGCACUAAGCUAAAAGUACAUUAUAAUGCCAUUAUACAUUUACAGGUAUUAAUAAUAAAUCUUUGUUAAUAUGGGUGAGUAUAGUUUAGAUGGGAUAAACAUUACACAUUUAUUGCAUAUUUGCAAUUUCUUUUCAUUAACUUUUCAUUUGAUAAGUGACAGCAUUUGAGUUACAGUUUUACUACUGAUGAUACACAUUGUACAACCCAGGCAGUGUGUGUAUGUAGUCUUGCGGUGAGCAGGUUUUCAGCCAGAGAAGAUUACAAGACUUAUCAGGUGAAAGAUCCACAGUAUGGCUCGGCGUGUUGCUGUGAUUGGAGGAGGAACCUCUGGAUUGACCAGCACAAAGUGCUGUUUGGAUGAAGGUCUUGAGCCAGUUUGCUUUGAGAGCAGCGAUGACAUUGGAGGACUCUGGAGGUUUAAGGAGACCCCAGAGGCUGAACGCUCCAGCAUAUACCAGUCACUGGUUGUAAAUACCUCAAAAGAGAUGAUGUGCUUUAGUGAUUUCCCCAUGCCAGCACACUAUCCGAACUACAUGCACCACUCCAUGAUGCUGAAAUAUUUACGGCUGUAUGCAGAGCACUUUGACCUGCUCAAGUACAUUCGUUUCCAGACAACAGUGCUCAGUGUGAGACAGAGGCAUGACUUCUCUGACACAGGUCAGUGGGAGGUGGUAACUGAGAACAGAGAUGGACACAGAGGAACACAGAUGUUUGAUGCAGUGCUUGUGUGUUCAGGGAGCUUCACGCACCCUGUUACACCCCUCUCAGCAUUUCCUGGAAUAGACACAUUUCCAGGGAAGUGCUUUCACAGCUGGGAAUAUAAGAAUCCACAUUUAUUCCAUAGGAAGAAGGUGGUGGUUAUUGGCACUGGUGACUCGAGUGGAGACAUUGCUGUGGAGAUCAGCAGAGUGGCAGAGAAAACUUUUCUGAGCAUGCGUGAAGGAACAUGGGUUGUGGGCCGUAUGUCUACUGGUGGUCUGCCUUUUGACAUGAACAUGUUUACACGUCUGAACGCCCUUCUGGUGAAAGUGUUUCCUCAAGCUCUGCUCAACUGGGCAGUGGAGAGAUCUUACAAUCAGAAAUAUAACCACAGGCUGUAUGGACUGCAGCCCAGACACAGGAUACUCAGCCAACAUCUCACCAUUAAUGAUGACCUACCAGGACGCAUCCUUCAGGGGGCUCUGCAAGUGAAACCAAACGUGCGAGAGUUCAGAGGCUCGACUGUUAUAUUUGAUAAUGAGGCAGUUGAAGAAGGGAUAGAUGCAGUUGUUUUCUGUACAGGAUACAAGGCAAGCUUCCCAUUCUUACUCCCCUCACAGAACAGUGACCCUGUGGGGAAAGUGAGCCUCUACAAAAAAGUCUUCCCUCUGUCCCUAGAACGCCCCACACUUGCCUUUAUAGGAUUAAUCUAUGCACGAGGACCUAUAAUGCCCAUAAUGGAAAUGCAGGCACGAUGGGCCACUCGAGUCUUUGCAGGUUUAAAUCAACUUCCUCCUGUAUCAGUAAUGCAAAAGAUCACAGAAAAAGCCUGGAAGGCAAAUAUGAAAAGAUACUCUCAUCCACAGAAAGCUGUUCUCGAGGUGGACUAUAUCCCUUACUUGGAUUCCAUCGCACAGGAAAUCGGGGUGUGUCCCAACCUCUUGUGGUUGUUCUUGACUGAUCCUGGUUUGGGUUUUAGGGUUCUGUUUGGUCCCUGCACACCGUACCAGUUUCGGCUGAGAGGGCCGGGUCGCUGGGACGGGGCUCGUCAGGCCAUCCUCACUCAGUGGGAGCGCGUAACCCAGCCAUUCAAGACACGCCCCAUUCCAGAGGACAAAACUUCUACACUACUCUGCUGGCUCGGUCUGGCAGGAGGAGUGAUGCUGAUUUUUGUUCUUAUUGUCUUGCAGAAGAGUCCUUCUUCAGCAUAUACUUUCUUCAGUAUAUAGUAUGGCCUUCUUAGUAGAAUCUGCUCUAGAGAUUUGCAUUAAAUAGAAUGAGUUAUGCUCUGUAAUUGUUACUUGAAAAUGGUAAUUCUGCACUAAUAAAAUCAUGUGAAUGAUUUAGUAAUCUGUAGCAAGACCAUUGGUUAAGAAGUUUUUUAGUUAUGCCACAUGUUGGAUUGAGGACUGGACUGUGACUGAUUAUUUUAAACCAUUAAAAUUGCUGGUUUUAAGCCAAUUAGCUGUGCUGAUAUGGGUACAUCACCAAAAUAAGGCCUGGACUUUUAAAAUGUUCCUAACAGAUGGGCUACAGUUAUAUUAUACUGUACAUAUGUACAAAGUGAACUACUGUAACGAAUCUAAAAUGGGCCUUAGAAACAAGGUGGGUGUAGUUACCAAUUAGGUGGUCACUUUAUGGCAUGUAUUGUUACCUGUCAGCAGCAUAAUUACAAUAAAAUAUCCACUGAUUAUAAAAUGUGAAGCAUACAUUUUAUUUGCACAGUGAUUUAAGGACUGUUUUUUUUUUUUAAUAUUGUGUUUUUGAUGAAAAGCUGAUAAAAUGGUCAUCUUACACUUUAGCCUAGUCACUAUACAGUACACCAGUGCCCUCUUACACAGUAAGUGCACAUUAUCACAGCAGACUUAUCUUAUCAGAUACACGUUAUAAAAAUCAGCCAUCUGACAAGCAUUGAUUCAGAGAAAAUCUAGAUGAAAGGGCGCUCUGGAGCAAGAAUGAUGUACAAGCAAGAAUGAUGUCAAAUUAAAUGAAGAAGAAAGGAAUAUGAAUUCAGUGAGGGCUUGGGUUAAAAACAGACCAUAUUAAAAAUAUUAAAGGUAACUUAAAGAACAAAGGUAACUGAAAGAUCAAGGCAUGUUUUAUAAUUAAGAACCAUAUCUCCUGAGCAGGGUUUGGUUUGUUAUACAUGCAGUAUUUAUAGGGACUUCAAUAACCUGGACCCCUGUUCAAUCCUGAUCAUGAAAUUCUAUUGAAAUUGAUGUUUUUACCUCAAGCGUUUAUUUCCGAAUAUUCACUGCCAUGUACAAUAAACCU